AUGAAGGGCUCAGCGACUAAGUUGGGACAUUUGGACCGUACAGCUACAGAGCCGCGCGAGAAGACAUUACUAUCUGUGAGAGUUGCGGGCGUCGAGAAUGCCAAUAAGAAGAUCCGACUAUUGAAACUCGAGUUGCGGGAAGGCCCAUCGGACUUUCUUGCCGGACAGUGGCUUGAUACAUUUGUCCCAGGCGACCCGAAACCUGGUGGCUUUACCAUAGCCUCUGCGCCGUCAGCAGCUGCACAAGCCUCGGAGCCGUACGUUGAGCUGGCCGUGCAAGAAGCGCCAGAGAACCCCGCGGCGGCAUGGCUAUGGAAGCCGAAGAACCAAAUAAUGGGGAGACAUCUAGACGUUCGUUUCGGUGGAAGCUUUGUCUGCCCACCAAGCGAAGGCCUCGAGGGCAUCCGGCGUAUCGUCCUCGUCGCUGGCGGGGUGGGCAUCAACCCACUCAUGAGUAUCUUGGGCUAUAUUGCCGAUGAGAACGGUGAACUGAGCAUAGAAGUAUCAUUAUUGUACAGCACAAAGGCUACCGAAGAUGGAGAUCUAGGGAAAGUAUUGUUUUGGGACAGAAUCGUAGACCUAAUUCGUCGAGAUCGAGUCGUGGGCAGAGCGAAGCUUUUUCUCACUGGACCGCUGUCGCACGCCAGAGAUAGCGCGUCCUAUAAAACAAGCGACGCCAACAUUGGGUUUGGAAGAAUUACCAGGGACGACAUUCUCCCAGAAAUCCGUGCCGGCGGUGGCAAGGAUAGUACGCUAACAUAUAUAUGCGGCCCGCCGGCGAUGACUGAUUAUUUCGUUGAUAUGCUGACAGCACCAAACAUGGCCAGCGAGAUUGAUGCUACGCGUGUAAAAUCGGAGAAAUGGUGGUAG